AUGGGUACAGAGCCUGCAAGAGAGGUACUAUAUCAUUAUAGGUCUUCGGUACGAAUUGGUGAGGUGGAACGUUAUGUCAUCACAUAUGACCUUUACGACGAAGAGGAGUUGCCAGAGCGCAUACAGCUGAGCUCACUGUGGCUGAAGGUGAAGAACGUUAGCAGCCUGACGUACAGGGCUGCGUAUCUGAUGGGACCCUACAUGCUAUACUGUGAUCUGCGCACGGAAGAUUACCACCACUCGCAGAAGCUGUUUAGCUCGGCGGAUAUGCCGCAGUUCGAACCCGCAAUGCAGCCGCAGCAUGAGUUUUUGGCGGAACUGUCGUUGCACAGGCUUCAAAAGCGUUACGUAUGGCUGCUAGACGUCGUGAGCCAGAUCAUCUUCACGACGAACUCGGUGGUGCCGUUCGAGGUAACGAUCGCAUCGGCCAAACCCGCACUUGAGGACACCGCAACACUGGCGCCGCAGGCAGGCUCUUUUAACCGGCGCUUGACAGUGAACCGUCAAACUACGCUGGACCUGUGGAACCUACCCCAGCAGGUCUUCGACGACUACACCAAGCCAGAACACCUGGUUGUGCUUACACAUGGGCUUCACUCGAACGUGACUGCCGACAUGCAAUACCUGAAGGAAACUAUCGAGCAGUGCCAACAAUACUAUCCCAACGAGCAUAUUGUGGUCAAAGGAUUUGGGGACAACGUAUGCAAGACAGAGAAGGGAAUCAAAUACCUUGGGGGGAGGCUAGGGGAGUACAUUGUGAAACAAUUGUACAAUGAGAGGAUCAAGAGGAUAUCUUUUAUAGGGCAUUCCUUGGGGGGGCUGACGCAAACGUUUGCAAUAGCCUACAUAGCAAUUAAUUACCCGUGGUUCUUCGAGAAGGUAGACCCCGUGAACUUCGUGGCGCUUUCGUCGCCGUUGCUGGGCAUUGUGACAAACAACCCCGCCUACGUUAACAUAUUGCUUUCCAUGGGGGUCGUUGGCAAAACUGGGCAGGACUUGGGACUGCAAGCGCAUCAGGGAGACGACCAGCCAUUGCUAUGCUCACUUCCGGGACAUACAACCAGACGCAUCUUGCGCAAGUUCAAGAAACGCACUCUUUACGCAAAUGCUGUGAAUGACGGAAUUGUGCCUCUGUAUACUUCAGCACUCUUGUAUCUCGACUACGAUUCUAUUCUAAAGCAGCUGGAUACACAGGAAUAUCAGGUCGACAAGCAGGAUUUCUUUACCAAGACUCUGAUUAAUCCGCUAGUGAAAGCAAUAAACGUCUUGAUGCCACAAACACAGAGCUCUUCUUCAAUUCCAAAAGUUUCCAUGUUUGACUCGGCUAUGUCUGUACUUUUGCCGCCGUUGCCUGAAAAGUCAUACCUAAUGAAUCCUUCCGGGGAUCCAAGCGUUAUCUUGCAUGACAAAAUGUACAGCGAGGCUGAUAUUCCAGAGGUUGGUCAGCCGCCAGAAAAGAAUAUCUGGAGUUCGCUUCUGUUAAACAUUGGGAAUAACGAGGAAUAUAAGCAGCUCGAAGAAGAAAUAGCCAAGAAAUGGCACAAAGGUAUGACAUGGAGGAAAGUUAUAGUGCAUCUGAAGCCUGAUGCGCAUAAUAACAUAAUAGUACGGAGAAGGUUUGCAAAUGCUUACGGGUGGCCAGUUAUCGACCACUUGGUACAAAACCACUUCAACGGUAGUGACUAUCCUUAUACAGAAGGUGAAACUGAGGAGGCAGCCUUGGACGAACUGAUCGAACAGGAGAAAAAAUGGAUCAACAGGCCUCAUAAUGAGACAUUUUUUGACGUCGGUCCGACGGGAAUGAUAUCUUCUGUUGGCGAAAUACUUGAAAACAUUAAAAACAGUGCUUUCCAAAAGACGGCAAGCGCUAGCAGUCUGAAACCUAGUGACUCCUUCGAUGAUGACGAAAUAUUCAGACUUAAUGGCCUUUAUUAA